AUGCGCGCUUCCUUUCUUGUUCUGAACGUUCUGAACGUUCUGAAUGUGGUCGCUGUGCGACCCUCCGUGGAAAGCUCGUGGAAUCCUUUCGCUUCACCCUGCGAAACGGUGAAGUGCAACGGUGAGCACUACUGGACCGGCUACGACUUGACCUACUCUAACUGCAAACUCGAGUUGGAGUGGGAGAACGGCAAGCAGGGGCCAGGCAUGUACAAAAGUGAUGGCAAAGUGGUCAAGCCCAGUCAAAUCAAUGUCCUUGGCUUCUGCCCCGGAAAUGAAGACUGCGAUCUGCCAGAAGGUGGUGGCUACGUUUGCCGAGAGAGGUGCGAUAUCCACCGAAAUCCCAAAGUCGUGAAAGGCAAAAAGACGAAGCCCGCCGAUGCGAAGGGUACCAUGGUGUACCGCACCGGCAAGGCGAACGAUCCUCGGGCUUGGAUUCCAUGGAUUCCAUGGAUUCCGAUCGUGAAAUAUUGGGACCCAGCUGUGUCGAAGAGUCAUAGCCCCUUAGGAUGGAAGGGAUCCACCUUUGUGCGUCUUCCUGGGCGCCAGCUUUUACUGAGCCGAGCAGGGCCGCAUGGGUGCUGCAGAGUCGGACGUCGAUCCAAGGAGUCCAAAGUCAGCUCACGAGACGAAGAGAAGAAGAAUUUCGAUGAACAGCUGAUGGAGUUGCGAAAGAAGGCGACCAAACUACUGACUGCAAUUUUCGUCCAUAGCACAUGGACUCUGUGUUGUUUUUUCCUGGCCCUGCUGCGCUUCCGUGGGGAGCACUGCGACGGCGUGCAGUUUCUGGAGGGUCACGUGACGCACGCGCGGAGCCUGGAGGCGAAGCACAGCUUUCGCUACGGGGUGCGUAUGGCGUUGAUCGAUUUGGAUCGUCCACCUCCCUGGUGGUCGGCGGAACCCAUUCGGCGGCUCACUGCGCAGGAGGUUCGAGAGGCCGCCGGAACCCGUGGGAAUGUGAAGUUGCUCACCAGCCCGGCAGCAGCACAGUAUCAUCAGAAUCCCAUUCAAAUCUAUUUCUGCGAGGACAACGGUGAAUUUCAUGUGGGUGUUUGUGAAGUGACCAACACGCCUUGGAACCACCAUGUGUUCUUCGUCUUUCGCCUUGAGGGCGAUGAGAGACCAAAGCCGUUGCACGUGUCGCCUCUCAUGGACCUGAAGCACCGCUGGAGCCUGAAAGCCACCAGUCCCGCCGCUUUGCAGAAGGGGCCUAUGGAAGUCUCCGUGGAUGUUCUGCCGGGCCUCGAAGGCACAUCUGAAGCGAUUUUCAAGGCGCACUUGAAGUUGGAACUCAGCAAUUUUCCCCAUGCUCGUGCUGAGCAUGCAGGUUCCCUACGGAUGUUGUGGGACUUUGGUUUCCAACCGCAGCGCACUGCGCUACGGAUCUACUGGAACGCCCUGAAGCUUCUUCGGAAAGGAGUUGCUUUCAGAUCGCAUCCGUCACCGCAGUACAAAGAGGAGGUGUUGGAGGCUACCCAAAGGAGCGGUGCCACGAAGCCCUGGUGGCGCGACAACCAGCGUUUUCCUUGGAACAGGUGA